AUGGAGCUUAGAGUAGGGAACAGGUACCGGCUGGGCCGGAAGAUCGGCAGCGGCUCCUUCGGAGACAUCUAUCUCGGUACGGACAUCGCUGCAGGAGAAGAAGUUGCCAUCAAGCUUGAAUGUGUCAAAACCAAACACCCUCAGCUCCACAUAGAGAGCAAAAUCUACAAAAUGAUGCAGGGAGGAGUGGGCAUCCCCACCAUCCGGUGGUGCGGGGCUGAGGGGGACUACAACGUCAUGGUGAUGGAACUGUUGGGACCCAGCCUGGAAGACCUCUUCAACUUUUGCUCUAGGAAGUUCAGUCUCAAAACCGUCCUACUCCUUGCUGACCAAAUGAUUAGUCGUAUUGAAUACAUACACUCGAAGAACUUCAUCCACCGAGAUGUGAAGCCGGACAACUUCCUCAUGGGGCUGGGUAAGAAGGGCAACCUGGUCUACAUCAUUGAUUUCGGGCUGGCUAAGAAGUACCGGGACGCCCGCACCCACCAGCACAUCCCCUACCGCGAGAACAAGAACCUCACCGGGACGGCGCGGUAUGCCUCCAUCAACACACACCUUGGCAUCGAACAAUCUCGAAGGGAUGACCUGGAGUCUCUGGGCUAUGUGCUCAUGUACUUCAACCUGGGCUCACUGCCCUGGCAGGGCCUGAAGGCUGCUACCAAGAGGCAGAAGUAUGAGAGGAUCAGUGAGAAGAAGAUGUCCACUCCCAUCGAGGUGUUGUGUAAAGGCUACCCUUCUGAAUUCGCCACGUACCUAAAUUUCUGCCGUUCCUUGCGUUUUGACGACAAGCCUGACUACUCAUACCUGAGACAGCUCUUCAGGAACUUGUUCCAUCGCCAGGGUUUCUCCUAUGACUACGUGUUUGAUUGGAACAUGCUCAAAUUUGGAGCCAGCCGGGCAGCUGACGAUGCUGAGCGGGAACGCCGGGACCGAGAGGAGCGAUUGAGACACUCCCGAAAUCCAGCCACUCGUGGCCUCCCUUCCACGGCCUCGGGCCGGCUGAGGGGGACACAGGAGGUGGCUCCUCCCACCCCCCUCACCCCUACCUCACACACUGCAAACACCUCUCCUAGGCCCGUGUCCGGCAUGGAAAGAGAGAGGAAAGUGAGUAUGCGGCUGCACCGCGGUGCCCCGGUCAACAUCUCCUCAUCCGACCUCACGGGCCGGCAAGAUACCUCCCGCAUGUCCACCUCACAGAAUAGCAUUCCUUUCGAACAUCACGGCAAGUAG